CAGCUCGGCAAUGCCCUGACGUAUUUGCAGUUCUUGGAUAAAAAACAUUCAACGAAAUGACAUGACGUGAUACGAAAUGGCAUGGAGUCUUGUUUUUAUGUCAAUGUCAAAAUAUCACAGUGCUUAAUAGUGUACGUACACCCGUACAGGCGUACACCCUACCCAAGUUGAGUGGAUAUGGCUGAGUUAUUGAUCGACAAGUGCUAAAUAAUUGGUUCACAUAUAUAGAAUUAUAUACUUCGUAUACCUAUGUUCCUGUUACCCAUCUUGGUUGUUUACGCGUGUGCAGCUUAAUUAUUCUCUUAUGUGUUAUGGUGAAUCUGUGUUAAACUAUUGAAGAUGUUGAAUCAAACACAAACGGAGGCGUUGCUCUCAGCAAACUACGUGGAAAACUAUUUGGAUUGUGUUGAAAACUUACCAAACGAUCUACAACGACAUUUGUCGCGUUUGCGGGAACUUGAUGUUAAUUACAGAGAAUGCGUUAGGGAUGCUCAAACCCAGAUGGUGUUGUGCGCUGGUAAUAACACCGAAGAACGCAAGCGUGCAAGAGCUGCUGUACGCCUGCAAGCUUCGCUCGUGCAAGCUCAAGAAAUCGGUGAUGAGAAACUUCAAAUUGUUCAAAUCAUCCAAGACUUUAUUGACAACAAACAAAGGUCUUUGGAUGCUGAUCAUAAAAAGCUUAUAUCUUGCCUUGAAGUAAACACAAACGGUAAUGCAAAAAAAGAGCCCACACCACCAUCAGACACUGUCAAUGAGAAAGAUUCGGGUUCACCUCAGACACCGCAGCAGCAUGUACCUCCGCCGCCACCCCCAGAGAGAGCUGUCGAAAAAGAAAAAGAUAAAGGUGACAAAGACAAAUCAGGUGGUGAGCGAUGGUCGAAGCGAGCGCGGCGGUCGCGUACCAACGUCGCCGGUACCAACACCGAUGGCGCUGACAGCAGUGAGCGUGACAGUGAACGCCCUGUGCAGAAUUGUACUCUCAAAAAAGGCAAGAAGAAGAAGCGCAAAGCACGUCAAGUGGCACAGAGGUCAGAGACGCCGCCCGAGGAGGCAGACGCCAUUGACCCAGACGAGCCACGCUAUUGCCUUUGUGACCAGAUCUCAUUCGGUGAGAUGAUCCUUUGUGACAAUGAUCUCUGCCCAAUAGAGUGGUUCCACUUCUCCUGCGUAUCUCUCACCACUAAACCCAAAGGAAAAUGGUUCUGCCCCAAAUGUCGUGGGGACAGACCUAAUGUAAUGAAACCAAAAGGCCAAUUCCUUAAAGAACUUGAGCGGUACAAUAGGGAGAAGGAAGAAAAAGCCUAGAAAUAGUGACAGUGAUGUAUUCAUUAUCAUGGAGGCGAAAGACCUUUGAAUGGGAACUAAACCUAUUUAGUUAACAGCCCUUUAGUGUAACAAUGGCCAUUGAGUUAUAUUUAAAUAUUUCAAAUGGAGGAACACUAUGCUCCUGAUUCAUUAAAAUUCUCUUUUUAAAUGUUAAGCACUUACUAUGUACGUACUCGUGUACUACUUAUCCUUUAUUCUACAUUGUAUAUCUACAUCAGUAUCACUUGUAUAAUUUCCCAGUCUAAUAUAAAGGAAAGGUGACAUAGCUUUUAGCAUUUUUAUUUCCUUAUCCAAUAUUUAUUUUAUCAUAAUUUACACAUACACAAACAGAAAACAGAGUA